UUAUAGGAGCAUGGUAUUCCAGUAGAUCUGGGAUAUGCCGUGGCCCCUCAUCAUUCUGGUGUAUAUCCAGUCCAUAUUCAGCUGUAUGAGGCUUGGAAGAAGGCAUGGGGGAUACGAGUGACCAGUACUGAGGAAUACCCACACCUCAAACCUGCACGCCACCGCAAGGGAUUCAUUCAUAAUGACAUCAUGGUGCUGCCCCGUCAGACAUGUGGUUUAUUCACACACACCAUCUUCUAUAAAGAGUAUCCGGGAGGCCCUAAAGAACUGGACAAAAGCAUACGAGGAGGAGAGCUGUUUCUGACCGUCCUUCUCAACCCUAUCAGUAUAUUUAUGACUCAUCUUUCCAACUAUGGGAACGACCGCUUGGGUUUGUAUACGUUCACUAAUCUGGCUAACUUCCUGAAAUGCUGGACCAACCUGAGGCUGCACACACUUCCUCCCCUGCAGCUCGCACACAAGUACUUCACACUCUUCCCAGAACAGAGACACCCGCUAUGGCAGAGCCCAUGCGAUGAUAAACGGCAUAAGGACAUCUGGUCCAAAGAGAAGACCUGCGACAGGCUGCCCAAGUUCAUGGUGGUCGGGCCUCAGAAAACAGGCACGACAGCGCUCUACCUCUUCCUGAUCAUGCAUCCCUUCAUCUCCAGCAACUUUCCCAGUGUGAAAACAUUCGAGGAAGUUCAGUUUUUCAACACCAACAACUACCACAAAGGCAUUGACUGGUACAUGGAGUUCUUUCCUGUACCCUCUAAUGUCAGCACAGAUUUCCUGUUUGAGAAGAGCGCAAAUUACUUUCCUUCUGAGGAAACGCCCAAACGAGCCGCUGCUCUCUUGCCUAAAGCCAAAAUCCUUACUCUGCUGGUCAACCCUUCAGAUAGGGCAUACAGCUGGUACCAGCAUCAGAGGGCUCAUGAAGACCCUGCAGCAUUGCAGUUCAGUUUCUACGAGGUUAUUUCAGCAGACCAGCUCGCUCCACCUGAGCUGCGCUCUCUCCAGAACCGCUGUCUCGUACCUGGACUCUAUGCCACACACCUGGAGAGAUGGCUCACAUACUACCCUCCAAACCAGCUGAUGAUUAUUGAUGGACAGCAGCUGAGGAAUGACCCAGCUAAAGUGAUGGACGAGCUUCAGAAAUUUCUGGGUGUCACUCCCUAUUACAACUACUCCCAGGCACUCACGUUUGAUCCUCAGAAGGGCUUUUGGUGUCAGCUGUUGGAAGGGGGCAGGACUAAAUGUUUGGGGAAGAGCAAGGGCCGCAAAUACCCACCCAUGGACUCUGAGUCACGAGCACUUCUCUCCAGAUUCUACAGGGAUCAGAACAUUGAAUUAUCUAAGCUGCUGCACAGACUGGGUCAGCCGCUACCGGCCUGGCUCAGAGAGGAACUACAGAAGGUCAGGUAGCCCUAACCAAACCACCGCUCCCCUGGGUCAAAGAUCCAGAUUCAGCCCUCAAUGGAAACUAGACUCUUGAACGGUACUCAAUGCCACCUACCUGCAAGCUUGCAGAGCAAAGGUCAGAAAUUCAACUCACCAAUCAUUGGUGCCUCUGGAAAUCCAAACAAAGCAGUAUUGUGUGUCCAUGGCAACAUGACACACAAUACAUUUUGUUGCAAAAGGUCAGUUUUUUUUUUCAGUGAGGUACGGUGAUGUAACUGUGACCCUUGAACUUCAGAUGCAGCUAAACAAAGACUGCAUAAAGACUGUAACUGAAAAAUGAAAAUGUCCUCAGACUUCCUCCUAUACUUUCCCCCAUCAGUCACUGGAUAUAAAGGUACGGCUUUAGAUUUUAUAUGUCUUCAUCGAGGGAGAUUUAGAACUGCACAACCACUGUUCAUAACCUCACUCUUGCAAAUAUAUCAGUCAAUCAAUCUAUCAGCCAAUCAAAGUGAAGAUGCAGAAUGUUAAGAAUCAUUAUGGAGAAAUAAAGAGCUUUAAACCGGUUAAUGGAGUGAUGUCAUUGUGAUGUCAAUGUCUCAAUCCACGUCCCAGUUACUGUUGUUCUAGACACAAUGGCCUGAAGAGUGGAAAUGAUUUCAGUGUGUGUCUGUGUGUGUGUGUGUGUGUAAGGGUAAAUACAUAAGCCCUUGUGUGAGUGUGUCUAGGCAUAGGUCUGUAGCCAGGUAGCCUUAGCCCCGCCCACUGGACUGCAACUGGUUGGCUGAUGAAUUUGA